GAUGGACCCCCCUCCACUGUGCCGGGUAGAAAACAUCUCAGGUGGGAUCUCCUUGUCAUGCCAGUAACGUUGGAAACCAUCUGGACCGUCAAGGUUACAUUUUUUCUCAUCAGAGAAUAAAACUUUAUUCCACCUUUCAAUGUCCCAUGUUUGACGCUCCCUGGCAAAGUCUAAACGGGCAGUUUUGUGGCGUGGAAGGAGACGAGGUCGUUUUGUUUUUUGUUUUUUAAACGCUUUUCCCGCAGAUGCCGUUUGAUGGUUAUUGCGCUGCAGUCGGUACCAGUAAGGGCCUUAAUGUGGGUGGAAGACCGCCCUGUGUCUUGAUGGACAGCCAAUCGGAUCCUCCGGCUCAGCGCAGCAUGGCGUUGUGACGCGUGGCUACGACACACGUGGAUAUCAUGGCGGCAAUGCGCUCGUCCCCUAACCCUGCAGACGAGCCCAUCACGCCCUCUCCUAUGACCACAGCUCCUCGCAAAGCUUCAGUUCGCCUGCAAGAAAGGCGGGGCUCUAACCUCUCGCUGCUGUUGGAUGUCAACAGCCUGGGGGCGGAGUCUGUGUGCUCUGUGUCUACCCCCAAGGAGGUGUGGCUUCAGCUGCUCCACACCUCUUCUCGACUGCUCACACACGCACUCCUGCAGCAAGCGGCUGCCGACACCCAGGCCCUUGACGUGGAGUACCAGGUAGGUGAACAUGCAAGUCACUGCAGACAAUGUUGUGUAUGUGUGUGUAUGUCCCCACAGGGCAUCCCUCCAAAUUUUGUGAGUGCGUCAGACCUGGAAGUACCUGGACACGCCAUCAAGGACAGAUACAAAACCAUCCUUCCCAACCCAGAGAGCCGUGUCAUCCUGACCUGUACAGAAGAAGAGGGGGGGCCAGACCGCUACAUCAAUGCCAACUACAUCCGGGGUUACCGAGGUGCUCCGAGGGCUUACAUCGCCACCCAGGGGCCAAUGGUGCACACUGUGGGGGACUUCUGGGACAUGGUGUGGCAGGAGAGGAGUUGCGUCAUCGUCAUGGUGACCAGGCUGAAGGAGGCCAACGAGAAGUGUGAGAGGUACUGGCCUCAGACCAGCCACAGAGUGGGGAAGGGGAGGAGGAGGAGGGAAGAGGAGGCGGAGCUAAAGGAAGACAUGGUGAAUCAGUUUGGCCGAUUUCGACUGCGAGUCACAGACAGUCAAGACAAGGAUGGCUUCACUGUCACUGACAUGGAGAUACAGCUGUGUCAGGAGCGUCGUCCCAUCAGACACUACUGGUUCACGUCCUGGCCCGACCACCAUGUCCCACAAUGCACUGCUCCUCUGCUGCGCUUGGUGGAGGAAGUGGAGUCAUACAGCGAGUCUCUCCGAGCAGCCAGCUCUCAGCCAAUCACAGCCACCGUACUCCCCAAACCUGGACCAAUCAUUGUCCAUUGCAGCGCUGGCAUUGGGAGGACCGGCUGUUUUAUCGCCAGCAGCAUCGGCUGUCGGCAGCUGCGUCAAACAGGUCAUGUGGAUGUUCUGGAGAUGGUGUGUCAGCUUCGACUGGACAGGGGGGGCAUGAUCCAAACCCCGGAGCAAUAUCAGUUCCUCUACACAGCCCUGGCCCAGUUCAGUUCCCUUUUACACCACCAGCAGGAAAAGAAGCAGGAACAAGAGUCCACUCAGAACCACCCAGAAGAUCAGGUGUGUAAACAGCUCAAGAAGCUCCAACUGGAGAACAAGCAGGACACAACAACAGAGGACUGGACAGAAGCUGGAGAACCAACACAAUCUCUGGAACCUGUGAAGAACCUCAGUCCAGUGAAAGCCCACAGGUCCAGAUCUGUGUGGUAAACAAGACACUGACAGUAUAAUGACUCUAAAGAAGUUGCUUAGAACAUGAAGAAUACAUGCAGCAGUGCUUCGCUGGACUCAGUACCUCAAAGAAUCAAGAACUUUGAUUGUGGAGAAAAAAGAGCGUGUCAAACUAUCAACUUUGCUUGGUUUUACUGUGUAGUCGAAUUGAGUGUGUGACCGCUUAUGUACACAAGGGGGCGGUAUUCAUCUUCGCUCAUCGUCUGCCUUCUUCUUCUGCUUCGACCCCACCCAAACAGGAAAUGGGGAUGCCAGACGUCAUGUGAUUGAU